CUACAUACAGUUUACAACAAGUUUUUGUUGCAAUCUUAAUAAUUAUUAUUUGCACCUGGAAUAGCAGCUGAUAUAGGCAUAUUGGGUUUAUAUCAGAAUCUGUAAAUCUUGCGUGAUGCUAGGUGGUAGCUUGAACAUGCACAAUUAUUCUGUACAUGUAUGUUGUCUGAAUUGUCCUUGAUAAUAUUCCAACUACUAUGCAAGCUUGUACAAUAUUAAUUGAAUACAUCUGCGACCUUCAUUCUUACAGAAAUGGUUUUUUCUGAUGCUCGUAAUAUUUAUAAUGACAAGCACAACAGAUGCACAGUUGAGAGGACAGAAGCUCUUGUCUUUAUUAAGAACAAUUUUGAGCUUUAUGAAGUAGAAUAAUUUUUAUAUCAAGUACAAAUCAGAUAUUGGUUAUACCUAUUUUAUUGACAUAUUGGCAAAAUCCCUUUAUUGGUGCAACACUGGUACCGUUUGUAUGUGAAAUUAAACAUUUAUUUUAUGGAGUUGAUUACAUUGGUUGUAUUGAGGAGGGUGAGAGUAAACACUGAUUAUUGUCUCAAUGAAGGCUCAAUCAUGGUAUUAAGAAGUUACAUACAUGUAUGGUCUAGGUCAGUGGAUGGAUUGUUGUGUGCUUACAAGCUUUUCGAGUGUAGGAUUGCAACAACAGACAUACCUACAGUUGAGAACCUAAAAAAGCUGGCUUGAUAUAAUUAAUACUAAUGCAAUGUUGCCAGUAUCAAUGCUCUGUGAUAUUAUCAUAUUACAGGUUAGACUCAUUGCGAGAUGCAGUCAGUAACCUGGACAUUGGCUAUUUUUCUAGGAAAUGUUGCACUGUAUCUGUAACCGGAGCCAGUGUAACGCAAGGUGUCCAGCGAAAUUACAGAGAAAUACAGAAAGUUUUGUAUUUGUUUCCUCUUGCAUCGACCAUGCCAAUAUGGAACUGCAACUUUGAAGAAGAGAAAGAUAUUGAAGUGCUAGCAUGUCGGAUCCUCGAUAGCAUGUCAUUAUGUUGGCAUCAUAUGGGAGUACUAGUAGGUGAGGUGACAGGAAGAACAUAGUGACUAAAAGGAAAUUUAGUCAAAUAUUGUUAUGUACGUAUAAACACAGAAUAUUAGUCAUGAUCCAGCUUCAUGA